AUGGAUGGUGGUGCAGGUCUUGGCUUCUUCAAUUGCAGAGCGAGAAUCGAAUACUGGUCCCUAGCACCACGUAGAGGUGCCUGCACUUCGCUAGAGUUCCUUGGUGUCGCAGCUUCCCCCUGCGGAGAACUUGGUGAUGCAGCGGUCUCCUGCAGAGAACUUAUUAACGCAGCGGUCUCCUGCGGCGCCCCCCUGCGAGGAACAGUUAGUAUCGCAGAGCCUAUCCUGCGAGGAACAGUUGGUAUCGCAGAGCCUAUCCUGCGAGGAACAGUUGAUAUCGCAGAGCCUAUCCUGCGAGGAACAGUUAGUAUCGCAGAGCCUAUCCUGCGAGGAACAGUUGAUAUCGCAGAGCCCAUCCUGCGAGGAACAGUUGGUAUCGCAGAGCCUAUCCUACGAGGAACAGUUACUAACGCAGAGCCUAUCCUGCGAGGAACAGUUGGUAUCGCAGAGCCUAUCCUACGAGGAACAGUUGCUAACGCAGAGCCCAUCCUGCGAGGAAUAGUUGAUAUCGCAGAGCCUAUCCUGCGAAGCAUGUUUGAUGACGCAGAGCUUGUACUACAGAGCCGUGGCCAUAGAGACGCUUAA